AAAAAUUGCAAGUAAGUGCUCCUGCUGUUUUCUUGGGUCGUCCUCUCUCUUUAUUCAAUGCUCGUGCGGUUUUCUUCCACUUUCCUUCCUAUUCAGUUUGCAACCUCCUUCCCUCACAAAAUCAACAAACUACAACUCAAAAAACUAUCAACAGCAAAAGCAACAACAACAACACCAUGUCCGUGCAACCAACCACCACUAACGCCAACGCCAACACCAACAUGUCCAACAAGAUUAGCUUGGCAGCAGGAUGCUACUGGGGAACUGAAAAAUUCAUUGUCCGUGAUUUCCAAAAGAGACAUCCCAAUAGCAUUCAGUCUGCACAAGUUGGCUUUAUGAAUCCAACACCCAUGAAGCGCAAGAGCCCUCCUACAUACCGGGAAGUCUGCAGUGGCACUUCAGGAUAUGUGGAGGUCUUGGAUGUGACACUGGCGGAUCCCUCCUUGAUGGAAGAACUGAUCCGCUUUUUCUUCCUGUUCCAUGAUCCCACCACCAGAAACCGACAAGGGAAUGAUGUGGGAACCCAGUAUGCAUCUGCCAUUUUCUGCUCGGAUAAUCAGCAAAAGAGUAUUGCUUUGUCAGUCAUAUCAGAACUGCAGCAAGCAGUAACCAGUGGAAUCGUCACUUCCUAUCAUCGAGACACUAUUGAAACUGGGAUUUUGAUGUACACUGAGUUUCAUCCUGCUCAUGAAGCUCAUCAACAAUACCUAGCAAAGAAUCCUUCUGGGUACUGCAACCACUUCUUCCGCUUCCGUCAGUGGCCGAAUGCUGUUGCACCCAUUGAAUCUGAUACUUCUUCUGACCAAGAUGAUAUCCUCCUAGAGAAGGAACCAUUGGAACAACAUAAGAAGAAAAAGUGGAGCUUCAAGAAGCUGGUCAUUUCCCCCAUCAAGAAGGUUUUCAAAAAUUAAGCCAAUACAUAGAUAGUAUAUUGUGACAUAGCAAAACUUGAAUGAUUCAAACCUGGCCUUUCCAUUUACUUCCC